UUAUGAAAUGCUGGUGCUCUCAUAAAAGUGACCGGUUCAUAAUUAUUCCCGCGUAGGUUGCUUGCACGUUUUAAACUGCCCGUUUUGUGCUGACGCUCCCUGGACACACUUCGUGCAGCCGGAGAGGGAGGGAACCAUGCUGCACCGACCCAACUUGCAGCUGAAAGCAGCAGACGCAUGUGGCGAGUCGCCGCUGGUUAGACUGUGUGCGUGAAUCUUUGAUAAUGUGAAUGUAUAGACGAUGAGAGGACGAGGCUAAAUAACUGCAGGGAUAGUGGAGGAUAGAUAAAUUCCCUUCGGCAUGGACGGCAUGAACGGCUUGCAGUCAGAAAAUACUGGAGUUGGUGGAAUCGGGGAAGACGCGGAGGAAAAGUAUCGCGCACUCGCCUAUGAUACGGCUCUUAGCACUUUGGUGGCAGUGGCCCUGUAUGUGGUGGUGAAAGUGAGCCUGGACGGCUUCAGACAGUGGCGGGCCAGGAUCUCUGUGCUUAUCGUGGGUUCGGGACCCGUGGGGCUGACAGCCGCGCUGGUCGCUGUCCGCUCCAGGAAGGUGCUGAAACUGACCGUGCUGGACGAAAGGUACCGGACCGCCCUGCUCUGCCGGCCCCAGCAGAUCGCUCUGGAUCCCCGCAGCGUUAAGUUUCUUCUGGGACUCGGGGUGGACUUUGAUAACAUGGAGGGCUGCUGGCACAACGAACAUUUCUUCACCAGGAUCGGCGUGUUUCAGGAGUACCUGCUGAGUAUCUUGGAGCAGAAGAAACAAAGGGUGGAUGUCAAAGUGCAGCUGGGAACCAAGUUCACAGAGGAAUACCUGCAGCGGAUUCCACAUAAUGACUGGCCUCGUGUGAUUGUGGUGGCGGACGGCUCGUGCGGUGACUCUUGCUCCGUGUUGGGGAUCAGCUCUGACUAUACUGUGGAGUCCUGCCAUGCUUAUGGAGCCAAUGCCACCAUUGAGAGACUAGACCAAAGACAGGUGCCAACGCCUGAGAUCCGAGCACACAGCCUCUACUUUGACCUGUCUGCUUACGGAGUGGAGGCCCUCCGAGAGAACAGAAACCAAACAGUCAAGCCUGGCUUCCACCUGAAGAUCUAUGGCACCUUUAGAAACCGAUACAUGGCCCUUGUCUGCCCUGCCUCUGACACCAAGAUGGUUCGCUUCCUCAGGCACACUGCAAAUUCCUCAAUCAUGAAGAACAUUUUCCACCAAUCCUUCAAUGCUUAUAAGACGGACAUAGAAUCUCGUCUCAGCGACGUCACUCUUCACCACAUGCAGUGCAGCCGCCGUCUCUUUGAGAUUCAGUUGUCACACAGACGUGUCAGUGCUGCUUACAUCGAGGGGGACAACGUUGCGGUCAUUGUGGAAGGGGAGGCAGCACGCGUCCUCAAUUUUGACACAGGUUUUGGGGUUAACCUUGGUAUGCGAGGCUUGGAGUCAGUUGGGACCUUCAUUUAUCGGGCAGCCACGGCCGUAGACCAGAAUGAUGUUCUGGAGGCACUGUCAGCUAAGAUGCAGCACUCCAGACAGGUGGCAGAGACCUUCAAGCAGACUGGCCUUGCUGAGUCAAUGUAUGAAUGAAAGAAGGAGAUGACUAAAUGAAUGCAUCAUGCCACCUAGUGGAAAACACUGGAUUGUUCAGUGAGUGUAAACAAUAAAUCAUGAGUCCAAUGCAGAAAUGGAUUGUUUGAUACAAGGCUGAGCCAAAUGAGUGUAAUCAAAGGAAUAAUCAGUGUAAACACGUAUGUUUAGGUGUAAUUCCGUGAAUGGAUCUAUAUAUAUUUGGAAGUACUGGAAUAACCAGAGCCAUAUUUAUAUUUGGAAAUUUUCUCAUUCUUAAAAAAAAAAAAAUAUCAUAUAGUCUCUCACAGUUGCAUUGAGAUUAGAUACAUAUAUUAUUAAUGUACUGAGGUAACUAGAUGAAAGGUGUUUAGGUCUGAAAGUAGUUGGAAUAAAU